AUGCCGUACUCACAGUCCAUUCCCUUCAAACCGCCCUUCAAGCAGCAACGGGUCGACAUCAGACCUGCCAGCUCCCAGAGCAGCAGGAUCGGGAUGAUCGACCAGAAGCUCAUUGAAGGCUCGCAGCAGCCACGGUACCCCAGCUCAUUUUCUCAAGAGGAGUUGUCACCUGAAGAACGGGACCUGCCUCUUCGUGAUGAAUAUUCUCAAUUGGACGCCUUUGACCUCGAAUUGAUUGCGCAGGAAAACGAAAUCAGCAGAUCGUAUGGGCUUCAGCAAGGUAUGCCUCGAGCAACACCUCGACAGGGUGCAUUUGUCUCCUCUUUUCAGCAGCCCGGCGCUCCACACCAAAGGUCUCGUUUCUUUGAUGCAAGCCCAAGCUUAACUCCUCUCCACCCGCUGGAGUCUACUCCACCAGAUCUGAUCUCCGAAAUACCGUCCAGUCCGUUGAUCAUGCUCAAGAAAAGGAAAGAAGAGACUUGGUCAGGAAGGGGUCAGCGAGAACGCCAGCAAGACAUGAGCCAGUACUAUACCACUCAGUCAUCGCCACCGCUACCCUCGCCAUCUAAAACUAGAUCCGAAUUAUCCGUUCACGGCCGGAAGUAUCAGGGUCCCUCUUCACCUUUUAGCAACAUCCCACCCUCUGUCCGAGGGAUUGUACUAAUAUCGAAGGAAGAACUACCCGAGUCGUACAGGCCCCUGUUCCCAUUCCCGUUGUUCAACGCCAUUCAAUCAAAAUGUUUUCAGUCGAUUUACGGUACGAACGACAACCUUGUCCUGUCUGCACCAACCGGGAGCGGGAAGACCGUCGUCAUGGAGCUGGCAAUCUGCCGACUUCUCAAUGUUCUGAAAGACGAGCAUUUCAAAGUCGUCUACCAAGCACCUACCAAAUCCCUGUGUGCUGAAAGAUUCCGUGAUUGGAACACCAAGUUUUCGUCCUUGAACCUCAAAUGCGCCGAACUCACUGGUGACACGGACCACGCCCAACUGCGAAGUGUUCAAACCAGCCAGAUAAUCAUCACGACACCUGAGAAGUGGGACAGUAUCACCCGAAAGUGGAAGGACCACGGGCGAUUGAUGCAGCUGGUCAAGCUAUUUCUUAUCGACGAGGUCCACAUCCUCAAGGAAAGCCGCGGUGCUACACUUGAGGCAGUUGUGUCGCGAAUGAAAAACGUCGGAUCAAAUGUCCGCUUUGUGGCUCUCAGUGCUACUGUGCCAAACUCGGAUGACAUCGCUACCUGGCUAGGCAAGGACGCCACAAAUCAACAUGUCCCUGCGCCCAGGGAGCACUUUGGUGAGGAUUUUCGUCCAGUCAAGCUGCAGAAAUUUGUGUAUGGAUAUCAGUCCAACGCAAACGACUUUGCAUUUGACAAAGUCUGCGGCUCCAAACUUCCUGAUGUCAUCGGAAUGCAUUCGUGCCAGAAACCUAUCAUGAUCUUCUGUUGUACUCGGAACUCCGCAGCCACCACAGCCAAAGACCUCGCUCGUCUAUGGAACAUAACGAACCCACCUUCUAGGCACUGGAAAGGACCUGGCAGGCGGAUUGAGGUGCACAAUGAAGAUUUGAAGACAACAAUGUCCGCAGGAGUAGCAUUUCACCAUGCCGGACUCAGUGCCGGUGACAGACUUGCAAUUGAAAAAGGAUUCCUGGAUGGACACAUCAAUGUCAUAUGCUGCACUUCGACUCUUGCGGUCGGCGUCAACCUGCCUUGUCAACUGGUCAUCAUCAAAAAUACGGUGGGAUGGCAAGAAGGUGGCUGCAAAGAAUACUCCGACCUCGAGAUGAUGCAAAUGCUCGGCCGCGCUGGCCGACCACAAUUCGACGACAGCGCAACAGCGGUCAUCCUAACCAGAAAGGAACGAGUAGUCCACUACGAGAAGCUCGUUUCAGGCUCCGAGAGUCUCGAAAGCUGCUUGCAUCUGAAUCUCAUUGACCAUCUGAAUGCUGAAAUUGGCCUUAGUAAUGUGACGGAUGUGGAAUCGGCCACAAAAUGGCUUGCAGGAACUUUCUUACUGGUUCGGCUCCGUCGAAACCCAACUUAUUACAAGCUCAAACAAGGUGCGAGCCAGGAAGAUGAAGAUGAGCUUCUGCGCCAGAUUUCCGAAAGAGACAUCAAGCUUCUUCGGGAGUGCGGUCUUGUUGAGAGUGAAAGUCUCCGGUCGACUCAGUUUGGUGAUGCCAUGGCGCGGUAUUACAUCCGGUUUGAGACCAUGAAGAUUCUGCUCUCAUUGAAGCAACAGGCGACGAUAUCCCAAAUUCUCGACGCGAUCGUUCAAGCCGAGGAGUUCCGCGAGAUUCGUCUCAAAGCUGGCGAAAAGUCACUAUAUCGCGAAAUUAACCGUGAUUCCGGUAUUCGCUACCCCAUCAAGGUCGACAUAGCCUUGCCCGCGCACAAGAUCUCGCUUCUUUUACAGUCAGAAUUAGGAGCAAUCGACUUCCCUGGGAAUGACCAAUUCCAGAAACACAAAUUCUCCUUCCAGCAGGACAAAACCAUGGUAUUUAAUCAUGUGAACCGGCUGAUCCGCUGUGUCAUUGACUGCAUGAUUGCACGCGAGAAUUCAGUUGGAAUUCUGAACUCUCUGGAGCUAGCACGCAGCUUUGGAGCCAGAGUCUGGGACCGGUCACCGCUUCAAAUGAAACAGAUUGAGCAGAUCGGAGUAGUUUCUGUUCGCAAACUGGCCACUGCGGGGAUUGCGGAUAUUGAAGCCCUGGAAAAUACCGAACCUCAUCAGAUAGAGAUUAUUCUCAGCAAGAAUCCCCCAUUCGGAAUGAAGUUGUUGGCUCGACUGAAGGAGUUCCCCAAACUGCGCGUGGCCGUGAAGAUGGAGACGAAACCUGAAAGUGUCAAAGUUCGCCUCAAGAUUGAGGUCGCCUUCAUGAAUGACAAGAUCCCGGUGUUCUACCAGCGGCGACCAGUCUAUGUUUGCUGUUUGACGGAAUCAUCAGAUGGUCGAUUGAUCGACUUUAGGCGCAUGAGCGCAAGCAAGCUCCAGGAUGGGCUGGAUGUCACUCUCCUGGCAGAGCUGAAUAGUGCAGAUGAUUACAUUAUCUGCCACGCCAUGUGCGAUGAUAUCGCUGGUACUGCAAGACAGGCUGAGGUUCAUCCUGAUGUUCCAUCUCACCUUUUUCCGGCCAAGCCGAAGGAGGCAAAGAAUACGGGCAAUGUGCAGAAGCUCCCAGAAGAUAUUACCCAGGUACAGAGCCAGAAGCUGUUUGAAAACAAUCACAAGAACCGAAAAGAGUUUGACGAUUUCGAUGGAGAUGAUUUGCAACUCGAUGACUUCCUGACCGCAGCCCAGCGUCGGGAAAGAGCAAAGAAGUCUCCUAGACCAACAGAAUAUCAAGUUGAUGAAAUGGACUGGCUCUCCAUUGGCAGCACUCCAAGUCCUCGGCGUCUUCCAGAGACUAGUAAAGCCAAAACUGGCGACUGGAUCGCCGGCAUGGGUUCGCUGGAUGAGGAGGAGUCCGGACCAGUUCGACUUCCGAAUGGGAAUUGGGCUUGCAACCACAAAUGCAAGGAUAAGACAAGGUACGAACACAAUAAAGAUCUUAAUAACUGUGCUUAUACUAAUAGCUGCAAACAUUUCUGCUGCCGCGACGGUCUGGAGAAGCCACCCAAGCCCAGCAAAUCGCGUACCGUCCCGAAUGAUAAGUCUCUUGGUCUCAAUCAAUUGACUCUACCAGCGACCAUCAACAAACGAGACGCCCCAGAUGAUGCACUCAAGAAAGGCCAAGCAUCAAAGCCAAAGUCCGUUGCGAAGAGAAAGAGUAGCAAUCUGUCGGUAACCAAAUCUUCCGUGGCGCAAAUCGGGCGUAAAUCGUCGUUUCAAGGUCAGCUGCGUACCAAGCCUACCAGCAACAAAAAAGCUCCAACUAUCGAGAAGAAGCGACAACAGAGUCCUCUCAGGAUUAGCUCCAGUGACUUUGACGAUGACAGCUUCACUGAUCUACCAUCUCCAUCGAAGCUUCUGGCAGGCAGUGCGCGCAAAUUUGCGCAGUCACCUUCGUCGAAGACGGGAGCAACUCAGCCUGGAGAAACGGACAAUGCUUCCAUCGGCCCCAGAAUACUCUCUACCAAAGGAAAUGACGAAGGUGUGAUCUUGCAUGACCCAAUGAGAACAGUCUCUGUCGCACUCGAUGAUGCGACCGCGGUGCACACAAAUCAAAGCAUUCGGCAUCCUCGUCCUCCCAAGCGCCCAUACACUUUCGAUAUCUGGACUGACGACAUCUCUGACGUUGAAAAUGAUAUCUUCACAAACACAAGUAUCCUUCUCAACAGCUCCGCUACAACAAGCGCGCCUUUCGCCCUUUCCUCUACAAACACAACCCGCAGUUUGAAGCGCAAGGCCCGUGUUCUCAAAGAGACCCAUGGAAACACCCAGGCACAAUCCAGCCUCCAGUUAUCCCCGGAGACCACUCAAGGAUUGAAUACCUUAGCAGCACAGGAGUCAAUCCCGAGCGAAAUUGAAGCUCACACGCCUUCCACGGUGGAAGAUGCUCCUACGGGCUGGGAAGAUGUCGACAGACUUAUGCUGGAGGAAUAUGGCCGCUUUAUUAAUUUUACUUAA